UGGGACCCUCAAGUAUGCGUCUUUAUCUAGGCCUUUUUGUCCUUCCUUCUCACUUUUACACACCCCCAUACCUUCUUCUUCUUUCUUUAUUUCCUUCUUCCAUUGAUUCAUAAUUAUUCAACUCUCAUCAAUUUAUAAAUUUAAUGUCUUCAUCCUCCUCAUCCUCCUCCUCAUCAUCAUCAUCUGAUAACGGCAAUGGCGGUUACGGUGCACGAAGAGGAGGCAAUGACUACGAAGGUCCAUCAAGAACCCGUCCCCGUGCCGCCAUUAAUGAAGUCUGGCCCGAACCAUUUGUCGAAGCUCUCGCUACUCAGGUCGCCAUUGAUGCCUCUCGCUUCGUCGGCCGUCUCGCUGCUGCUCAAGCCCUAGCCAAUGUUUUUCAGGUUUGUUCCACGUGGCGAGCCAUCUCACGCUCCGAUCUCCUCUGGCACCGGCUAACUCGCAGAAUAUGGAAUCGGAUGAAUCUCCUUCAUGACACAUGGCGUGAGGAGUACAUCUACCGCCAUCGGACGGCUAGAAACUUCCGCACUAGAUCUUCAUCGCACUUCACUCUACACUUUGAUCCCUCUGACUUCGAUGACCCUAAUGAUCCCGACGCGCUAAUCUGUCGGUGUCUCGCACUUUCCGACCGCCACCUAGCUUGCGGGUUCGCAGACGGUGCUGUCCGUCUUUUCGACCUCCACACACUAACCCACGCGCGUACCUUCCGGCCGCAGCACCGAGAUCGCAUGGGCCGAUUCUCCCGCGCCGUUGCCGGAAUCGUCAUCAUCAACACGCGCUUAGUGUUCGCCAGUUUAGACGGGGAUAUCCACGUGGCAAUCAUAAACGGGAAUACUUCUCCACGGAGGGUCCAUUACGGUGACAUGUUAACUGAUGGAGUAUUAAUAGACUUUACAGGCCGUGGGCAGUGGUGGGUGGGCCUACACGCUGGAGUACCGGGCCGGGCCUUUCAUAUAUGGAAUGGAAACACAGAAGAGCUAACAUUCGUAGGUGGGCUAUUAACCGAUCCAGACUCAGUAACGGGCUGGCACAUGCUAACCGAUUUAACCGAGUUACUAGGACGAGUCAGAAUAACGAGUCAAGAAACAGCAAUCGCAAGCACAAGUGCAAGAGUAAUUUCAUUUGAUUUAAGAAACCAAGGGGUAAUAUUGGGAGAAAAUAAUAGAGGUGGAUUUAUAGUGAGUUGCUUUGACGCGUUCAACUCAGCUUACGUUAGCUUAGAUAGCAGCGGAGUAGCUAGCGUGCGCAGGGUGGACAACUUAGAGGAAGAGAUAUGUAGAUUCAACGUGAGGGUGCAGCGGGGAAUAAUCGGGUGUAUUAACGGGGGAUAUGCACUAAUGUGCGCCGGUGGGGUGAUUAGGAUAUGGGAAAUAGAGCAAAGAGGGGAAUUAUUGUAUAGUUUUAGGGACAGGAUAAUGGGUGAGGUUAAUGCAAUGGUAGCAAACGAGAGACACGUGGCGGCUGCAGCAUCGAGUGAAGGGACAAUACAUGUAUGGGAUUUUGGAGCAUAACAAAGUACAAAAAGGGAUUGUAACAGUAGUCAGUAGGUAUGGUCAUAGCAGAGUAGGACUCUUGACUUUUGAUUAAGAAGACUAAUAACUGACAUUUUUUUGAAAAAGUUGAGUUUGACAUGUGAAAAAGGGGAAAGAUUGGAUGUGGACGGGAGUACGAUACGCUUUUUUGGGGGAAGUUUUUUAGGUCAAGAUGGAAGUUUGACCUUUUUGGAUAUUUGGGUAAUUAUAGUGUUUAAUUUGCAGUGGUAUUUUGGAGAUGUUUAGGGAAUUUGGAAUUGAUGGGGAAAACAUGUAAAAUUAGGGGGAAUGGAAUUGAAUUAUCUCAUUUAGUGGUACAAUUUAGGACCUACUUACUAUGUAAUUCUUUCAAUUUCUAAGUUUAAAAAUUUAAUUGCCA